UUUCUUUUUAUUUCUUUUUACAGCAUGAGAGUUAUGUUGAAUUGGGCCCUUUUGGCCACAGUUGUAUUGGCCAGUGUCUUAUACACCCAAGCUGAGGAUCAAUCAUCAUGGAGCGGUAGCUGGUCGGUGCCAGCCCAGGAUUCUAUGUUAACCAAACGUGCUGCUGACGCUGAUGCCGAACCCAAACAGGGUGAAGAAGAUGUACAAGGUCGCAAUUAUGCCGUUAAUGAGCCCAUCUAUAGCAAUGAUACCGAUAUCAAUCAAAUCAUUGAUCAAAUUAUCAAUUCACGCCGUGAGGGUAGAAUUUUGAAUGAAUAUGAUCGUGUCUAUGAAGAUGGCAAUGUAGACCAGGCUUUAAUGCAGGGCAAUGAUAUGCAGGCUCGUAAUUUGGUGCGUGAUAAAUUAUGUGCCUUGGGUUUGAUGAGCUGUGAAGAAGCUAAACGUCCCUACUACUCUAAUAUUUAUGCCCAAGGCCCUCCCAAAUAUGGUGGUGGUCCUUAUGGAGCUCCCAAGCCUAUGCCUCCUCCUGGUUACUUCAAUGGACGUCCUCCCAUGGGUCCCCCACCAUCGUCGAUCAACUCUUUCGGUCCACCACGCAAAGUAGGCUAUGAAAGUUCUUAUAAGCCUGGCUACAGACCCUCAGGACCUAAUUACAAUGGCCCCUAUUUGGAAUCUCCUCCUCCUUCUGCUAUUGAUGGUUCUUCCUCAUCCGGUGGCUUCAGCAGACCUCCACCUGGAGCCGUUAUUUAUGGCAGCAAACCUCCCGGCCCCAUCUACUCCGGUCAUGGUCAUGGUCCUUCUUCUCCUCCCUAUGCCUUCGAAAAUCCCGAAAAGAUUCAAGUAGCCGGUUCUCAACAAAGCAACUUUUAUAGUCAUCAAUCUUCCGCCUCAGCUGCUUCUUCCAGUACUAAGGUUGUAGUUAGUGGUGGCUUACCACCCACAGGUGCUGCUAUCUCUGCUGCCAAUGCUGCUGCUUUGCAACAACACGUCCAUCAUCACUAUCAUCAUGUUGAAGGUGCUGAGGGCGCUAAAGUUCCCAGUGUACCCAUACCCGUAGGUUCCGGCCAAACCAUUAAUACCGAUUUCUCCGCUUUAGCUCAAUCUUCCACAGCCUUUACACCUCAAACUCAAGGAUCAUUCCAGAAUUCUGCUUUUAAUGCUGGCUUCAAUGGUGCUUCCCAAGGUGGUCUUUUGUCACAAGGUUUAAAUGGUUUCAAGCCUAAUGGUGAUUUGUAUAGCAAACCUUCAGCUGGCUUAUCUUCAUUUGGUGGCAUUUCAUCUUCCUCCUCAUCUACUGGUUUCGGACAAUCUGGUUUUGGCCAGUCUGGUUAUGGACAAUCUAGUACUCCUGGCGCUAGCUAUCACAGUCAAAAUCCCGAUUACUACAAAAAGGAAUUACAUAACAUUGGCGGUAUUGCUGCUUCUUCCAACAACAAUUUCAAUAGUUUAACUUCCGGCUAUGGCAAUGAACAGUUCAAUGGUGGCUACGAUACAGCUCGCAAUCAAUUCGUCGACUGCCAAUGUGUACCCUUCAAUCAAUGUCCUGCUGCCGAUCGUAUUGGUCGCAAAGAAGAUUUAAUUUUGCCUAUUGAUCCCCGUAAUUUGGGUAAAGACAUUGAGGCUUUAAGUGAUGAAGCUGCUGCCAAUAUUACCGUCUCUGCCACCGCCGAAAAGAAAUCUGAUGAUGUUAAAUCUGAAGAUAAUAAGACUGAGGACAAGAAACGCAGCAAACGUCAAGCUAUCCAAGAAGAUGAAAAUAAACCCGAGGAUGCUGCUUCUGAUUUGACUCAAGAUUCUCAAGGCGUAAGUUUUUUUAGACUGCCAGGUUUGCAAGCCAUUGAAUUUAUACGACGUAAAAUUUUGCCUACAUAUGGUGUUUCUUUUGGUCUCCCCUAUCCCAAUCAUCCUGGAGGUUAUCCUACAAAUGUUUUAGGUGAUCAUUAUCCCGCACAAAAUCCACAUUUUGGUGCACUUGGACCAAAUGGUCUUAAUCUUGGUUUAGUAAAUGUAAAUCCCUUGGUAUCUGUUCAAGUAAAGAAAACCGAAUAUGGUGAAAAUGUGGUGAAACCAUUGGUGAACCUGCAUAUUACACCAAGUGCCAAUAUCUUUGAUGCAGUGGGAAACCUAUUUAAAUCCAAGCCAAAUGUGGUGCACAACAGUCACUAUCAUCAUCACGAUCAUUAUUCUGGAAUUGAACAUGAUCAUCAUCAUGAUGGUCCUACCUUUACCAGUCCGGGUCCAAUACAUCAUUUCCCCUCAACAGGACCAAGUUUUAACAAAUAUGAAAUUGAAAUGAUACCAAGCAAACCAAUAUUUGAGUAUCAUUCUGGUCCCCAAAUAUACACAGAACCAAGUUCUUCAAUACAUCAUUAUGGGGAUCAUCAUACAAAACACUAUGAACCAAGUUCUAUACAUCAUUAUGAGGAUCAUCAUAAAGAACAUUAUGAACAUGUGUCUAGUCAUACUACUUCAUUUGCCCACACGGCUCAUGGUCACUCAUCAUAUCCCCCAACGUCUACUGGUUUUGAUUCCAACUCUCAUUCUUAUCCCACAACUGGAAGUGGGUUUGAACAUACAUCAAGUCACUAUCCUUUAGGAGGUGCAAGUUUUGGAUCAUCUCCAGGUUCUUCGAGUCAGUAUCCUUUAGGAGGUGCAAGUUUUGGAUCCUCUACAGGUUCUUCGAGUCACUAUCCUUUAGGAGGUGCAAGUUUUGGAUCCUCUCCAGGUUCUUCGAGUCACUAUCCAUUAGGAGGUGCAAGUUUUGGAUCAUCUCCAAGUUCUUCGAGUCACUAUCCAACUGGCGGUGCUAGUUUUGGAUCCUCUCCAGGUUCAUAUCCAACGCCCGGCCAAGAAUUUCCUCAACAAGGCUACUCAACUGGUUUUGGUACUAGUGGUUAUGAUGGCAAUCAAGGUUUUGAAAACCCUUACGAUCGCAGUGCUAAAGUAAAUCAAUCUUUAUCCUUUUCCGAAUCAGAACGUUACCGAAAAGGAAAGGAACUGACAUACACCAAUACAGAUAUUACACAUCCAAUACCAACUCAAGCUCCAGGGGCGGCCGAGGGAAGUUCCUAUAUAACAUUCCCUAGAGAUCGCAAAAGGCGUAGCAUUAAAGAACAUGAAGAAACGGCAGAGAAACGUAGUAGUAGUAGUGUAUUAGCAGAAACGGUUAAAUUGCAAGAGCGUGCUUAUUAUGGCAACCGUCCAGUACAAAAGACUUGCCGUGUUAAUGAAGUUUGCUGUCGUCGUCCAUUGCGUCCAGCUCAACCACCCCAGCAACAGCUUGGUCGUUGUGGUGUACGCAAUGCUGCUGGCAUUACCGGUCGUAUCAAGAACCCCGUUUAUGUAGAUGGUGACAGUGAAUUCGGUGAAUAUCCCUGGCAUGUAGCCAUUUUGAAAAAGGAUCCCAAAGAAUCGAUUUACGCCUGCGGUGGUACCCUUAUUGAUGCCCAACAUGUUAUUACAGCUGCUCAUUGUAUUAAAUCACAAAAUGGUUUCGAUUUAAGAGCUCGUUUGGGUGAAUGGGAUGUCAAUCAUGAUGUUGAGUUCUUCCCUUACAUUGAACGUGAUGUUGUUUCGGUGCAAAUCCAUCCCGAAUACUAUGCUGGUACUUUGGAUAACGAUUUGGCUGUUUUGAAAUUGGAUCAUCCUGUGGACUUCACCAAGAAUCCUCACAUUAGCCCCGCCUGUUUACCCGACAAAUUCUCCGAUUUCACUAAUGCUCGUUGCUGGACCACUGGCUGGGGCAAGGAUGCUUUCGGCGAUCAAGGCAAAUACCAAAAUAUCCUCAAGGAAGUCGAUGUACCAAUUCUAUCCCAUCACCAGUGUGAAAAUCAAUUGCGUCAAACCCGUCUCGGCUACAGUUACAAAUUGAAUCCCGGCUUUGUAUGUGCCGGCGGAGAAGAAGGCAAGGAUGCCUGCAAGGGUGAUGGUGGUGGCCCCUUGGUGUGUGAACGUGCUGGUGUCUGGAACGUUGUGGGUGUUGUAUCCUGGGGUAUUGGCUGCGGUCAAGUGAAUGUACCUGGUGUUUAUGUUAAGGUAUCUCACUACUUGGAUUGGAUCCGUCAAAUCACUCAAUAUUACAAAUGAUUAGAUGCUUUCUCACAUACAACUGCGCGACGCAACAACUGUUGCUCUUCACGUGACAUAUUUGAAUUUCAUUUCUAAAUCGCCAUGUUUUUGUAUUUUUUGCUUCCCAACUUUUAAAAAAAAACGUCUUUUAAUUUAUUGUUAGUGUUGUAAGCGAGCGUGCUCUCAACUAUUUAUUGUUUUUUUUUAUUUUUAUUAUUUUUAUACACAUUUUGUUAUCUACUGAGUUUUAUAAACGUGAUCCAGAUAAGACUCUCUUUUCCAAACUUUCUGCUUUUGGAAAGUUGGUCAAGAGAUCUAUGUGUUUAACAUGUUAGAAAAUCGUUUAGGAUUUAUUAUUUAAUAGUUUUUUAUAAAUAAUGUAUUUAAUUUAUUUUUUUAUUUAAAUAAAGUUUUGUAUUUAAAAUUAAA